AUGACGUAGCGCGGCCGGGGGAGGCGCUAGGAGGUGGGCGUGGCCGCUGGUCGCUGCCCUGGGUGCUGAAGCUGCUGAGGGGAGGCUGGAGGGAGAUUGGCCAGUGGAGUGAGAUCCCAGCGCUGCCGCCGUGCAUCCCAUUCCGUGUAUUUGUCCCUCCGCUGCUGCAGCCACAUGUCUCCCCGGCGCCGCUGAUGGAUUAGCCGGGACUAUGGGAUCCGUGUGUAUCGCUGCGCUGCUGCUGCUUCUCUGCUCCGCUCAUUAUCUCCGUGUCUCGGCCGACAAGCAGUUCGGUUGUUUGUUUGAAGAAGACCUCUGCAAAUCAAUUGAAGUGUGCCUGAACGAUGGAGUGUUUGGAAGAUGCCAGCGGUUACCGGUGAUAGACGUAUUUAAGUAUGAAGUUUCACCUUCCAUUGUCCAGCGUCUCCAGGCGAUAUUAAAGAAGCUCUCACAUAAAGGUUUAACUUGGAAGGAUGAUUUCACUCAACAGAUCAUUGCCAAGGAAUUAUCAAAUAUCCGCAAAAUCUACAACCGGCAACCUGAUGCUCUUUCCUCUGAAGGCUCCAGCACAUCAAGGGCUUCACAGAUAAAUGCUGAAACUAACAGAGAUCACGAAUCGGAGAAGAAUGCUAAUUUUGCCAAAUCAUUUCACCAAUACCUCCAGUAUCUUGGAAUUCUUCCACAGCCAGCUUUGCCAAGUUUUUAUCCUAGGACCAAGACAGAAAAGCCACUGAUAAUGAAUGAUCACGUAAAAUCCGAUUGGUUUAUUGACCGCAUAUUCCAGAAAUCCAAAGGGAAAAUGCCCACGCUUCCGUACUCUCCAAAGGACCUUCCUUCAAAUACUUUGACCCAACCCUUACCAGGCAAAAUUCCCAAAGAGUUGGACCAAGAGAAGAAAUCCCUUCUUAUUGCUCUUAAAGCUUACCUUGCACAAAAGGCAAUGGAGCACAAUUCCAAUAAAGUCAAUCCUAAUGGAAGAGCAAAAGUUUCCUCAUCCACCUCUAACAGAUACCUUUCCAUACCCCAGAUGAAUCUACUAGAUGGAGUGCUUCCUAAAGAUGACAAAGGAGAUGGUUUUAAAAUAAAGUCUUUCCUUCAGAAGCCAAGAUCUAGAUUACUUUUAAAGCCAAAUCUCGGACCAAUGAUCUAUAAAUCCAGUUCUCGUCUGGAAGACCCAAAAGAUCCCCUGAGUGCAGUGGAUGAAACAUUCAUCCAGAACGUGGUGAAGCAAUUAGGAAAGCACAAACUGAACGUUGAUAACCUCAGCCCCAAAGAGCUGGAUGAACUGGCUGAUGUAAUUGCGGACACACUUCAGUUUGUGGAUGGGGAGAAGCCCAGCAGCAGAAAGCUAGAAGGAGAGAGGGCGGAACAUGACAUAAACCCAACAGAACCACAGGGAUCCCAAGAAAAUAAAGAUAGGGAAAUCAACAGCAUGUUCCAAGAUCAAGAGACAAACGAAAGAGAUUCUCAGUACGAAAUGAAGGUUGAAGGAACAGGCCCAAAGGAUGGAUACCUCCCUGAUUUAACUGUAAACUCACCUAAAAAAGAGUUUAUUUCUGAAGAACCUAUCAGCUCUGAAUUGAGGAGGUUUGGAGAUAUCAACUACAACUCUGAUGAGGAUGAAGAUGAGAAAUAUGGGAUAGAAAAUGUAAAGAGUGAAACAUAUACAAGGGAACUAACUGCCCAGAAGAAAUCUGCCAACGACAUUGACUCCAGGGAGUUUAUACAGGGGCAGCAGUGGGUAGAAGAAAGCCUUGCACAGGAUGAAAAAUCAUAUGUUGAAGAACCUAAGAAAGUGUAUGUGGAAGGGUUGCAGUUACAGGUGAAAUCUUCCAGCAGUGACAGAUACGGCUACAUUGUAACCCAAAAAAAAAACCCUCUGACUGUUGAAAAAGGCUUGGAAUUAUUAAAUGAGGUGGUCUUGAUUCUCAAGCAUCAAAUGAAUGUCUUCAGUGAUGUCAGUGUCCUGGGAUCAGCUGUAAUGUUCCAAGUGAGCUCACAUGUUCGAAACCUAACAGCAGAAGAUGUGGCGAAUGCAGCAGCUGCCAACAAAGAUGCGCUUGAGAAAUCCACUGGCUUGAAAGUCCUGCAGACCGGAGUUGGGGAGAAAAGCAAGUUGAAGUUUUUGCCUCAUCAUUUAGAAGAAGAAGACACUACUAAAUUUAUUAUCCUAACUUUGAUCUCCAUCGUCUGUAUCAUCGGAGUCCUUACUGGUUCUGGAGUCAUCUACUGCUUGCGCCACCAAUCGCACCACAAGCUUAAAGAAAAGUUAUCAUCCUUGGGAUCUGACACCAAUACUGAUGCCACCCACACUUACCAGGAGCUUUGCCGGCAACGCAUGUCUGUCAAGUCUUCUGAUCGGCCAGAGGCCCUGCACAGUUCUCGCAUCAAUAGCAUCUCUUCACAGUUCAGUGAUGGGCCAAUGCCAAGUCCUACGGCACGGAGCAGCAUUUCAUCGUGGAGUGAGGAGCCGGUCCAAUCAAAUAUGGACAUCUCCACCGGUCACAUGAUACUGUCUUACAUGGAAGAUCACUUGAAGAACAAGAAUCGCCUGGAGAAAGAAUGGGAAGCUCUGUGUGCUUAUCAAGCUGAGCCCAACGCAACAAAUAUUGCACACAAGGAAGAAAGUGUCUCAAAGAAUCGCUCUUCGGCCAUUGUGCCCUAUGAUCACAGCAGAAUUGUACUGAAGACUGAGAACAGCCAUGAUAAUUCAGAUUACAUCAAUGCCAGUCCAAUUAUGGAUCAUGAUCCCAGGAGCCCAGCCUACAUCGCAACUCAAGGACCUCUUCCUGCAACUGUUGCCGAUUUCUGGCAGAUGGUCUGGGAGAAUGGCUGCGUGGUAAUUGUCAUGCUGACAUCCCUCACGGAGAAUGGAGUGAAGCAGUGCUAUCACUACUGGCCAGACGAAGGGUCCAAUCUCUACCACAUCUAUGAGGUAAAUCUGGUCUCGGAACAUAUCUGGUGUGAGGAUUUUCUUGUGAGGAGUUUUUACUUGAAAAAUUUGCAGACCAACGAGACGCGUACAGUCACGCAGUUUAAUUUCCUCAACUGGAAUGACCAGGGAGUGCCAGCUUCAACAAGGUCACUUCUAGAUUUCCGCAGGAAAGUUAACAAGUGCUACAAGGGGCGCUCCUGUCCUGUAAUAGUACACUGCAGCGAUGGCGCUGGGAGAAGUGGAACUUAUAUCCUGAUUGACAUGGUACUCAAUAAGAUGUCGAAAGGUGCUAAGGAGAUUGAUAUCGCUGCUACCCUGGAGCAUUUGAGAGACCAGAGGCCUGGCAUGGUCCAGACAAAGGAGCAAUUUGAGUUUGCGCUAACAGCAGUUGCGGAGGAAGUGAACGCGAUCCUGAAGGCCCUCCCACAAUAAGCAGUUGACCUCAGCAAGACUCCCAGUGGAUUUUUUUUCUCACCCACUUUUACCUAUCAGUCUCUGUAAAUGUUGUUGGAAUUGUGAUCUGGUGUGUACCAUGUACUGUACUCCCAUAGAUGAUUGGGCCCGAAAUGCGAUGCUGCGAAGGGGCAAAAAAAAAAAAAUCUAUAUUCUAUUCAGGAGCUAUUAAUUGAACCAUGUUAAUUUAAAUUUUAUGGAUAAUGAUAUUAGAAACUCUGAUUUGGUUUGUACUAAUUAUUGCUGAUCUGCCAACCCACAGCAAUGACUAUUUUUGGAAGGGAUAUUAUACUACUUAUGAUAAAUGGCCCAGUGCCUUCCAAGGCUUUUCCUCCAUCGUUAAAAUAAGGAUAUUAUCAUGUCAUGUUGUAAUGUUAUUGCUCACAUUUUUCCAUUUCAUCUGGUUGCAAUAGGGUUUAUUUCCCUUUAAGAAGAUGAUGAAGGAAUGUAGGAAUAGGAACUAAUAAUGGUUGUUAGGCUGUAGACAGGACAUUCCAAAUGAUGCUCGUUUAUCAACGAUGAUCAGAUUUCCACAAGAUACAGUCACCUAUGGCAACCAAUUACAUUUUGGCUUUUCAAUGUUCUACCCAAAGCUGAAAAAUGCUAAUUGGUUGCUAUGGGUUGACCAUUGUUGGUAAACAAGCAAAACUAUUUUUGUCACCUCUGCACAAUGGCAACAGAAAAAAAGGCACGUCAUUAAUAAAUGAUUAUUUUUAAGACAGAAAAUUUGUCAGAGAUAUAGAUCUCCAAAUAGUGUUAAGCUAUAAGAGAAAAAUCUGCAAGCUGGAUGUAUAAUUAGAUAAAUGUUUGACUUGGAUGAAUUCUAGUCUCUGAUUGGCUACUGGUUGGUCUAGCCACAUGUAUGUUUUGUAAAUUUUAGGGUGAUCUAUCCUGAUGAACAUUCUAAUGCUCUGACUAGUUACAGGUUGGUCUAACCCUAUCAACAUUCUUAUGCUCUGAUUAGCUAUAGUGUAUAUAUCCCAUGAACAUUCUAUUGCUUUGACUAACUGCAGGUUGGUCUGUCCCUAUGGGCAUCUAAUGCUGUAGUUGACUUAAGAACAGUCUAAUGCCAUAGGCUGGUCUAGCCCAAUUAACAUUCUCUGUUCUCCAUUAGCAUUCUAAUGUUCUCACUAGCUACAGGUUGGUCUAUCCCUAUGAACAUCUAAUUGUGCAUUUGGCUUAAGAACAGUCUAAUGUCAUAGGUUGGUCUAGCCCAAUAAACAUUCUAUGAUCUCCAUGAACAUUCUAAUGCUUUGACUAGCUGACUAUCUACUGGUUGGUCUAUCCCUAUAAUGAACAUCUAAUUCUGUAACUGGCUUAAAAACUGUCUAAUGCCAUAGGUUCCUCUAUUCUAAUGAAGACCCUUGGAUCCCCAUGAACAUUAUAUGUCUCCAACUAGCUACAGCUUGGUUAAGCCCAGUCAAUAUUAUAACUGAAUACUGUGAUUGGCCAAGCCUUAAUGAGCUAUAUACAGUGGGUCUUAGUCUUUUCUGUAUAUUUAAUGUAUGUAUUUUUUUAGAUUUGUUCUGUUGAGAGAGAACAUGAUGAAUGACAGUCUGCAGUCAAGUUGAUGGUUAUCUGCUAGCAAUCAGGUGGCUUUUAGCAAGGGGUUGAAUGCUUUACUGUAGAUCAACCAUUACUUGCACAAUAGCACAGGGAAAUUAAUGGUAGACACUCGCAGCUCAAAAUAUAAUUUAGAUUAUUUUUGAAGUACUGAGAGCAGCCCCAUCAGGCAACUGUUUGCUCUUGCUAUUAUGAUAUAUUCCAAGCUAGUAAUCACCAUCCCUUUUAAACUCGUUAUGAAAUGUAUUUGUCUGCUUCUGCCAUUGCCUGGUUAUAUAAUGAAUGUGAGGAACAGAAUUCCUUAUUCCUAAAAAAAUAUAUAAAAGUACACACCUAAGUAAAACACAAGUGUUGGUAUUUUGAAUUAUACAGGUAUAUUGUCUAAUAGAUGUAAUCACUAGCCCCACCACCAACAUUAUCACCAACAUGAUAGCAAUAGAAACUAUAUUUGUGUUAUUUUAAAAAUGAUAAGAUAUUUCUGGUUAAAACAAUUCUCUUCUCACUCUAAGAGACAAGUCAAUCUGCCAUUAUAAAUAAAUCAUGAUUUUUUUAGACCUUUGUACUCUCAGAUGCUUCAACAGCAUAAUAGAUUUACGAUGUGGCCGUCUUUGUAAUUUAAAGUGUUUAUAGUUUUUAUGAUUUCGCUUUUUACCGUUUUAAGUUAGAAGGCAUUAACCUAUUCAGAAAGACUUUUCUAUACUUUUAGUGGAGUAAUAAAGGAAUUUAUCUUUGGACAUAGAAAUUAAAGUCACUGGUGAUAUUUCACUUGAAUGCACAGUCUAUAAUUACAAAUACCGGGUACUUUAAGGGACACUGAUAUGAAGACAUGCAACAGCUUCCAUAUCAUACAUUAUGUAGAGGUUUUCCAAGAAGGUAUUUAAGGGACAAAUAAUUUAGGCCUAUGAUGCAAAUAGGCAUGUCUAUCUGAUACAUUUAAGCUUUUACCCUUGUGGCCCCCAUAGCAGUUCCACAGCCUAUUAUACAUUUAUUCAGAAUUCUGACCUUUAUAUAAAGCAGGACUUACUCCUGAUCUUUAAUAGAAAGUUAAAUGGGCCUUUAAGUAUGGUGUGGGCAUAUCCGGGAGAGACCACUUCUUUGGUAACAUCACCAAACGAGCGGAUCUCUCUGUGUAUGGCAACCUUAACUUUCUGCUCCAGAUGAGGAGAUAAUAUUGUGUAAUAUAAAGGUUAGAAAGGUUAGAAUUCUGGAACUGCCAUGGGGACCAUAAGGGUAAAACACAUAAUAUAAGGAUGGAUAGAUAUUGGGCGCUGAGGAAAUCCAUUCAUCCCCCAAAUACACAUUUUGUUACUGGGUUUGGAAUGCAAGCAAUAUAAAGCAAAAAUGUUCUCCCAUCUUGUUGAAAAAAAAUAAUAUCACUCAGUAAAGCACAACAGUAUAAAAUAAAUAAAACAUUUUAGAAUAUCAUUGUCUGUAUCAUAAUAUAACAAGCUUUGAAUAUCAACUACCCCUUUAAUAUUUCAGUACAAAGAUUCAAGUCAAAAUUCUAAAUAAAUAUGUAGCUGGGAUUGAAAAUGUCAUGGGGACCACAAGGACCACAAGGGUGAAGUACUUGUAUAUAUGACACAAAAGGAAGGAUACAUGUUGGACAUUGAGUAAAUCCAUGUAUCCCCCAAACAUACAUUUUGUACGUGGACCCAAGUUAUGCUCCUAGAUGUAAGGAAUACAGAGCAAAAACAUUUUCCCAUCUUGUUGAAAAAAACAAACAAAUAUACACAAUAUAGCACGGCAAUACUAAAUAAAGACUAUAUUCUUAGAAUUCCAUUGUCUACUUUCAAGAUCAACUGGCCAUUUAACUUUCUACUCCAAACUCAAUGAGGCCAUACUGCACUAUAUAAAGGUCAGGAUUCUUAUUAAAUACAUAGCAGGGAGUGGAACUGCCAGUGUUGGACUGGGAUAUCACGGAAAAACCCGCAAGACCCUACUGGCCCAGGCCUGCUCACCUGCCUGCCUUGUCCCCUCCCCCCCCCACCACAGCCACACAGAUGGAAGUACACGGCGGCGUGUUGAGGGAGUGGUGUGCGGUUGGGCUCAAUGCAUCUAGGGCCUUUAAAGUUGGGGUCCUGGUGGGUCCCGGGCGCUCCAGUCCUGGAAAAUGCAAUGGGGACCACAAGGUUCAAAUGCAUGUGACCACAAGGGUGAAAACCCCCCAAAAUUCAUUAUAUCUUAAGUUGGCUAUAUACUGAGAGGUCCACUCGUUUGGCGGCAUUGAGAAAUGAGUGGAUCUCUUCCAAAUAUGCCCACUCUGAGGAAGACGAUAUCGGGCUGAUCCUAUCGUGGGACCUAGUGCCCAAUGAUCGGAUCACAACUAGAAGUAUACGGGGGUCAGAUGGAAGACAGAUACGGUCCUCGAACUGAUGGAUUUUUUAAACCCACCCAAUUGACAUCUGGCUGACUUUUGGGCCCUCCGAUCGGGGAAGCCCAUCAGAAGGCCUCAUACACUGCCCAAUAAGCAGCCAACUUAAUCUGGCGGCAGUUUAUAUCAGCCCGUUUAUGGCCACCUUUAGAACCCUUUGAGUAUUAUCUUUUAUAACGUGUUUUUCAUGUAGAAAUAAUUUCUAUUUGCAUUAGUGUCCCUUUAUGUUUUCUUUUUUUUUUUUUUUUUUUUAUAAUACAAGCAAAACAAAAUACCCAGUGUUACACCAGCAAAUCUUAUUCCAACUUGUACUCGCGCAUGCUCUUUGUAUCAGUCACAGAUCACUGAGACUUCUGUUUGUGACCUGUUCUCUUGUUUCCUAUCCAUGCAGAUGAUGAAUUUUAGAAUCUUUAUAUGUAUAUAAUUGAGAAAAAAAAAGAAAUAUAAAGUAUUUUGUUCUACCUCUGUAAAAAAAACUUCAUUUGUGAAUAAAGUCACAUUGUCUGUGGAGUAUUGUGAAUACCGCAA